AUGGCCGAUGUCGCUGAGGCCACCAGUACCGUCGAGAGCAAUGCGGAGGAAGUCACCAAGAAGCGGAUCUAUAGUGCAUGUGCCCACUGCAAAUCACGCAAGAGACGCUGCGACGGACAAGAACCGGCCUGUGGACUCUGCACUAGAUCGGGCGUACCUUGCGUAUACACUGAGCGCAGGAAGAGAGGCCCGGGGCGGAAGAACAAAGUUGAAUCCGAGCCAGGAGGAAAGCGACUGAGUGCGGAGGCGCCCGAUGUGGCUGAAAUUGGUACUCUCGGUGGCCAGUUGUCUUUGGAGGAUCCAAGAGGGCAAUCCCAAGGGCUCGUCGAUACUACACUUUCUCAGCUUGCCGAACGGCGCAUAAAGGUACCAAAAAGUCUGGCGCAAAGAAUCCAGGGUCAUGCCGUAGAACAACAGCAGCGUGAUCCGGCCGAUCCUGGACCCAGCCGGCGCGAAAGGAUGCCACCCUAUGCUCUCCCUUUCCUUCCCAAAGAUCUGUUCGGGCGGACUUCCGUGCUAGAAGGACUGCGUAAUGCUCGAAAUCAGAUUGAGGCAACUGUAGACCGGAGGCCUUUCAGCCGAACCACAUUUGCACGCUUCCCGCCCCAAGACUACAUUUUGGAUUUGGAGGUCACCGUCAUGGAGGAAGUGCAGCUCUUCUGUCCCGCCAUGACGAGAGAGACAUUCUUAGGGCAUACUGACAAACAGUACGGGGUUCACGCCGACCAAAAUGACUGUGAUACUUCAGCCAGGCGCGCGAUUGCAAAUGCCAUGUUUGGGGCCGCCAUGCGGUGGAGGACCGCGAACGACUCCUUUGAGCGUUUUGGCGGCUUGAGUUGGGGAUACUACAAGAACGCAUACGCCAUCGUCCCUGAACUCCUUCUGCAGGGGACAAACGUGUUGGCCUGCGAGGCCUUGCUGGCUAUAGCCACGUUCUCGUUGCAGACGGCCGAUGCGCGCACGACGGCUCAGCUGGCUUCUGCGGCGGCCCGAACCGCGCAGAUCAUCGGGUUGCACAGGAGGGAAACUUAUGCCAACCUUGAUGCCAUCGAGUCGGCGCGACGUAGGCGGGUAUUUUGGGCAACACAUAUACUCAACACGGACAUGAUGGCAAAGUAUGGUCUAUCUCACCCCUUUGCUCAUGACGAUGUCACCGUUGAGCUCCCAGAUAAGGAUGCGACCGUUUUUGAUGGCAUCUCGCACUCGCCGUGCCUCCUUAAUAGCAUGGCACAACUCUCAAGGACCCAAGUCACACUCCAUGGAAAGUUCUCUCCACACAAUCUCCAGCUGCAGUCAGGUACGGAACAUCACAUGAUGAUGAUACUGUCCAAUUGUGAGCUGGAAGAGUGGAAGUGCUCGCUCCCGCAAGAAUCGAGGCCGGACCCCUCUACCCCCUCGACGACGGGAGCGGUGGACAUGCACACCGCCCUGUUGCAUUUUAUCUAUUUUAGCACUCUGAUUAAGACUAACAUCAACCUGGCGCGACUGAAGAAUGCGACGAGCGUACAGCCGUCAUGCUCGCUGUACUCAGACUGGGUGAAUAGGGGCGCCUUUCCCAGCAUAGAGCAGUCACACUCCAAGUGUACGUCGGCGGCUCGGGCAAUCAUUGAUCUUCUACGGGUGAUGCCACCUCAACCUUAUGUGAAUAUAUGGGUUCUUCUCGGCUAUCCCAUCAUGGCCAGCUUAAUCCUCUUAUGGUCAGCACUCGAGGAACCCACAGGAUCAGAGGCCCAUCUCAAUAUCAGGGUCUUGGGCCAAUUUAUCCAAUUCCUAGCAGGAUUGAAGGAAGAGGGAUGUGAUCUGAACAACGUGCUGGACGGCUGUUCCAAGAUCUACAAAAUUGCCAAAUACGUCGUCCAUACGCAGAGAGUCAUGAGAGUGACGGCACCCUUAGAGGAAGAAAAUGAUGUCAAGGAACAGCUUGAGGUGAGAUCAUAUCGGACGCAGUCCUUUUCCUCUGUUUGGAAGUACGACCUUGAUGACUCACGCCACUACUAG